GGGGCCCCAUGAGAUGCCCCUGGUACCUUUUUCAUAGGCUUUUUUGAGUUUGGCAAGGACACAGGGGCCCCAUGAUCCCCUAUUGCCUGGGGGCCCCAUGAGUUGUCAGUCCGCCCCUGCCCUGAUGUGUGCUGAACACUACUCUGCAAAAUCCUCAACUGCAGGGUGGACACUGACAGUCAAGGGAGAAAGAGAACAGCAGAAUCAACCAGUUUUUUUUUUUUCAGAAUCCACCAGCCAGACAUUGCCUGAGCAACAGCUAGUGUACCUUGUGCCAGGUCCCCCCAAGUGACUUGAUAUCAGGGGCGGACUGACCAU